CCUUCCCCCCAGACACACAGACACCCCCCUUGUCCAGCGAACAGGCACUGGUUCUGGGCCCGGGCUCGGGGCUCCUGGAUACCUCUGAGCCUCGGAGACAGUGCGGACCUGGUUCAGGGGAGGGUUGGUUUACAAAUGUGGAAACUGAGGCCCGGAGAGAGGAAGUGACGUAGCCGAAGUCCCACAUAACUAAGUGGCCGACCAAAGCCACUUGUCUUUAUUUGUCACUAGGCCCUUUCUCUCUUUUUACCACCCCACACAUUAUGCUGUACAGUGUAUUUGAUCCUAGAGAAUAUCAUAAAGAGAAACUCAUCAGGAAUCUCUAGGUGCCUAAAAGACAAUUGGGAUUUGCAGCACAGAUCCUGUCUGGAGGGAGACCACCCUGUGAGCCUGUAUGAUGACUGCAGAAUCCAAAGAGACUGCCAUCCUUUCUCCCCAGGCUCUACAGGAUCAGGAUGGGCCUAUAAUAAUCAAAGUGGAAGAUGAUCCUACCUGGGAGCAAGAAUCUAGUCAGCAAAGUAGUAGUCACCCCAACCAGGAGAUCUGGCGGCAGCGCUUCAGGCAGUUGUGCUACCAGGAGACACCUGGGCCCCGAGAGGCUCUGAGCCGAUUGCGGACACUCUGUUGUGAGUGGCUGAGGCCAGAGAUGCACACUAAGGAGGAGAUCUUGGAACUGCUGGUGCUGGAGCAGUUCCUGAGUAUCCUACCAGAGGAACUCCAGAUCUGGUUGCAGGAACGACAUCCAGAAAGUGGUGAGGAAGUAGUGAUGCUACUGGAAGAUUUGGAGAGAGAAUUGGAUGAACCAGGACAGCAGGUCUCAGCCCAUACACAAGAACAAGCAUUGCUCUGGGAAGGAGUGACACCCCUGUUCCCAGCUCCAGUGACAUUGAAGAAGUCACCAAGCAUUCGGGUUCAGGCCAUGGAGACUCAGCUGAAAUGUGAAUCUGUGGAUCCUCACCCUCUCCAAAAGAUUGAUUGUCAGUCCAAGCUUCAGAAUGAAGAGUCAACACCUAAAAAUGAAAUAUCCAAAGUAGAACCUCCAGCAGUGGUAUCAGGAAGAUUCAUAGGUGAUGUUGCUGAGAAAACCAAAUACAGAGAGGCACAUGACCAUGAGAGUACAUUACAAAGGCAAUGGGAAAAACCUAUAGGAGAAAGAACAAGGAAAUACUCUUUCCAAGAGACUGGGUCAAAGGAAGCCUCAAAUUUAAUCCAUAGUAAACUCUGCCCAGGAGAGAGAUGCUAUAAAUGUGUGGAGUGCGGGAAAACCUUCAGUAAUAGCCCAGACUUUAGUAAACAUCAGAGAAUUCACACCGGGGAGACACCCUAUAAAUGUAAAGAAUGUGAGAAAACCUUCAGAAGCAAAGCCAGCCUCAUUCAGCAUCAUAGAAUCCACACUGGAGAGAAACCAUACCAAUGUAAUCAAUGUGGGAAAAGCUUUAGUCAGCAAGCAGGUCUUAUUUCACACCAGAGACUUCACACUGGAGAGAGACCCUAUAAAUGUAACGAAUGUGGGAAAACCUUCAGUCAUAGUUCAAAUCUUAUUAAACAUCAGAGGAUUCACUCUAAGGAGAAGCCUUAUCAUUGUAGUAAAUGUGAGAAAGCUUUCUGUACUAAGUCAAAUCUUUCUCAGCACCAGAGAGUACACAUGCCAAAGGGAGAAAAACAUGGCAGAUAUGGGGAAAACUCAGAAUUUGCUUAUUCCUUAUUAAAUGUCAAAGAGGGGCCCCUGGGGAAAAACUCUACAGCAUAAUAAAUCUAAGAAAAAUUUAAGUGGUAGCUUCCACUUCAGUCACAAUAAUAAGUACUACGUGAGAGCUAGAACAGAACAUUCCCAGAAACAAAGACUGAGCAGAAAAUAAUUAUUUUUCUGGUUGAUGGCUCUUAGAAGGCCUGUAGACCUGAUCCAUAGUAGACAGAAGCAGAGAGGCCUUAAACACCCUACCUGCCCUCCAUUUUUCCCCAACAUAUACACACAGUCCCCAUACUUUUAUAGUUCCUGUAGAAAUUAGGAUGGGGAAUCAAUGAAGAAUUAUUAAGAGCUUAAGGCAACCCCCAAACGGAAUGACUUCUGGCUACCACUCAAGGGAAUCAAGUUUUAUUUCACUUUAAACCACACCUUUGAGAUUUUGGCCUUUCUCCUAUUUCUUCUGUGGUACUUUAUCUUCCCUGAGUAUUAGUGUAGCAGUUGGUAAGGGCACCAUUGCCUGGAAAUUGCUAGAAGACCUUAGCUAGCAGCUGAAAAUACCUGUUGAGAAGAAGUAGGGCCAAUCCUUCAAGAAUAAGGUUUGGCCAGAAAGGAUUUGUUUCUCAGACAUAGCUAUGUUUUGCAUAUUUCCUCAUUAGGACAGAGGAAAAUAAAGUAAACAGGGAGAAGAGAUACAGACAUAAAGGCUGCAGUUUCUUCAUCAUGCCACUUGAAUGUUAGAAAGACUAGAAAAAUAUACAGCAGGAAAAUGGAGAAGCCACUGGUUGUUCAAAAUAGUCAUGACUAUAUGACUCAGUCAUAUCCUAUAACUAUGGUAGUCACAGGAUUCUCAAUGUAGUUAAUAAUGACUAAGGAAAAAACCUAAGUUUUAGUGGCCUGAAAUCUGGGAACCAUGUACUCACUUCAGGAUAGAUCUGACACUAAGAUCCAGGGUGAGUUGGAAAGAAGCUUUCUGAUUAGGUUUGGGGAUAAAACAGGGUUAGAUUCAAAGGUGAUUUGUAAUAGAUAAGGAUUAAUAAAAAAAGAUAAUGAAUUGUACCUAAGUUGCCUUUUUUCCCCUUUAAAGCUUGUUCUACAUAUUUCAUCUCUAAAUAUUGUAGUCUUUAAAGUUUUUGUGUUUAACUGUUUUAAUUGUUAUAUACUUCAAGUAUCUGCAGUUUCAUUAGUAUGGGUACUCCCUUUAUUGAUACACAAUACAACCUCAACCUCUUCACUGAUAAGAUUGCAACCUCUCAACUUUGUAGAUGGUCUUCUAGAGUUGCUGUGGCCAAAAAAAUAUAUAACCCUGUAGGCAUGUUAAUAAAUCUGUAACCUUGCUGAUAA